AUGGUGCUUUGUGAAAGGCCACGGCUGUUGGACUUUGCUAAGACCCCUCAACACCUUCAGUUCAACAAAUAUGUCCUGACGGGUUACCGGCCGGUAUCCACGGCUCAGGAGUGCCUCAGGAGCCUCUUCUACAUGCACAAUGAGCUGGGGAACAUUUACACCCAUGGCGUCCCAUUUUUCCUUUUCUUGGUGCUGCUGCCCUUUAGCAUCCCCUGGAUGGAGGUGGACAGUGCCUGGAUCGGUGUGGUCCACUACCUGGCCUGCCUGUCCCCCACCGUGGGCUCGGUGGUCUACCACGUGUUCAUGAACCAUGUGGGAGGAGAACAUGUGUAUGACACCCUGCUCUCCCUGGACAUGUUUGGUGUCUGCCUUGUUAACACACUGGGUGCACUUCCCAUCAUCCAUAUCACCCUCCUUUGCUACCCAGCGACGCGACAGGCUGCCUUGCUGGCUUACAUCCUUCUGUCAGCCUACGGCAUCUACUGUGCCACCACGGCCCGCACUAACGUCCUGCGCCUGCGAGCUUUCGUCUGGCAGGCCCUCUUCCGCUUCACCCUCUUCCUGUUCCGGGUGUUUGGCAGCGGGGUGGGCAGUCCAAACUCCCUGCGCCUCUUUGUCAUCAUGGACUCUCUGGCUGUGGUGGGAGGGCUGGUCAACAUCAUCCAGAUCCCUGAGCGCUUCGUCCCCGGCCUGUUUGAUAACUGGGGCAACAGCCACCAGAUAAUGCAUGUCAUGGUGAUUUGCUCAAUUGUCUACCUGCACUGGGGCACGCUGGAGGAUUUAGCCUGGAUUAAGACCUACCAGUGUCCUGCUGAGUGA